AAUGGAAUAUGCCCCUGUCGUUGGCUCGCCGUCGACGCGGGCGCCAUCCACACCUGCCUAAAAGCACCCUAUAAAUCCACCCAUCUCCUCCCCAAGAACCAUCAAACCCAGACAGAUAGCUCCGCAGCGAGUACCAAAUAGAUCGAUCCAAGCAAGCCAUGAUGAGACCCUGCUGCCUCUCCCUGGCCCUCCUGGUCGCCCUGAGCGCCGUCGGGUGCGCGGCGGCGCAGGCGGCCGACUACGACUUCUUCUACCUCGUGCUGCAGUGGCCGGGGUCGUACUGCGACACGAAGAAGAGCUGCUGCUACCCGCGGACGGGGAAGCCGGCGGCGGACUUCGGGAUCCACGGGCUCUGGCCCAACCGCGACGACGGCUCCUACCCGCAGAACUGCAACCCCGCCAACGCCUUCGAUCCCUCCAAGGUGAGCGACCUGCUGAGCAGCCUGCGCGCGGAGUGGCCGACGCUGGCGUGCCCGGCGAGCGACGGGCUCCAGUUCUGGGCGCACGAGUGGGAGAAGCACGGCACCUGCGCGCAGAACCUCUUCAACGAGCACGGCUACUUCCAGACGGCGCUGCACCUCCGCGACCAGCUCCGCGUCCUCGACGCGCUCGCCUCCGCCGGCGUCGCCCCCGACGGCGGCUACUACACGCUGAGCGCCGUCAAGGGCGCCAUCCAGCAGGGGACGGGGUUCGAGCCGUUCGUGGAGUGCAACCGCGACGAGUCCGGCAACAGCCAGCUCUACCAGCUCUACUUCUGCGUCGACGCCCGCGCCUCCGGCUUCGUCGAGUGCCCCGUCCAGCCCGGCGGCAGGCCUUGCGGCGACCGGAUCGAGUUCCCGGCCUUCUGAUGCGCCGAUUUCUGUUUUCCUCCUGAUUUCUGUUUUCCUCCUGAUUCAUUCCCUGCGUUAUUAUUUAAUAUAGCAAAGUUUGAGGGGUCGUGAUGUUAAUGAAGACAGUGUAUGUCAUGACAUGGUGUAAACAUGUGGAGGGAGCAGGUUGCUAUUUAUUAUUCAGAUAAACAAGAAGCAAUACUCUACAUUUUUUGGUCA